AGGAAAUGGACUUGGACGUAUGUGUAGAAAAGCUGAUGGAAUGCCGACCUUUGACAGAAACAGAAGUGCGGCAAAUGUGCGCAUGCGCCCGCGACGCGCUCACACGCGAUGCAAAUGUACGGCGAGUUAAAUCUCCCGUCACGAUCGUGGGCGACAUUCAUGGCCAAUUCCACGAUCUCUUAGAACUGUUUCGCAUCGGGGGGCAUGCUCCCGACACCAAUUACUUGUUUAUGGGUCCAGAACUGGUGUCUGUAUUACUUGUAGAACUGCGUUUUGUAGGCGACUAUGUUGACCGUGGGUACUACAGCGUCGAAUGCGUCACAUUGGUCGUGGCACUCAAGGUGCGGUUCCCCGAACGUGUUACAAUCUUGCGCGGCAAUCAUGAAUCGCGGCAAAUAACGCAAGUAUACGGCUUCUAUGAUGAAUGCGUUCGCAAAUAUGGGAAUGCUAGCGUCUGGAAGCUGUUCACCGACCUUUUUGAUCAUCUUCCGCUGGCGGCCAUGGUCGAUGAGCGCCUUUUCUGCCCACACGGCGGACUAUCACCAAGUCUAGACACGGUAGACCAGAUAUUAGCAUUAGAUCGUGCCCACGAGGUUCCACACGAAGGUCCUAUCUGUGAUCUCAUGUGGAGUGAUCCUGAUGAUCGCCUUGGUUGGGGCAUUUCCCCGCGUGGUGCAGGGUAUACAUUUGGCCAUGACAUCUCCGAAAAAUUCAACCGUGAGAACGGAUUUGAUUUUAUCGUUCGAGCUCAUCAGCUUGUCAUGGAAGGCUACAACUGGUUCCAUAAUGAACGCCUUGUCACUGUCUUUUCUGCACCAAAUUAUUGCUACCGUUGCGGCAACAUGGCUGCAAUCAUGGAGGUCGACGAGCAUCUCGCAUCAAACUUCAUUCAGUUUGAUCCGGCACCACGGCGUGGCGGCGAUGGUGGCCUUGGGAUUGAAGUGUCCCGGCAGACUCCCGAUUACUUCCUAUAGGGUGCUCACUAUCCCGGUUGCUGGCGUUUUUGCUAGGAUAGCCGCCAUCGAGGUUGCCAAGCCCCAAGAAAAGGCCCAAUGCGCGCGCAAAUAGCAAAUAAUUCCCGGGGGGAG